AUGCAGAGCUUGGAGCUGCAGCCGACGCUCCUGCCAGAUGCGUCUCCCAGCGGCCAGCCUGCAGCUCCAGCGCAGGCGGGCGUCGUGGAGGCCCCGAGUGCGGGCGCCCCAGGCCCAGCGGUGCCGCCUCGGCCGGCGGCGACGGAUGCUCCGUCCUUGCCGCUGGAGCCCAGGGACCCCAGGGGGCAGAGAAGCCUCCGCUUCGACGACGGCGGCCCAGCGUCACCAUCACCCACGAGGAGGAAGAGGGUCACCGGCAGCCCCGAAGGCGUCCCGAGCUAUGAUCCGACCGUCUCGCAGUCGGCCGGGAGUUCGCGGCACCUGCCGCCCCCGCCGCCCACCAGCGCCGGCCUGGCGGGCAACAGUCGCAGCGAGCCGCGCAUCGAUCCGGAGCAGGCGCCACGGCCAGUGACGCACUACGACGCCGUACCCGCGUACCCGUCGGGGGCGAACACCGCCAAGGUGCCGAUGGUGGUCGUGUGCCAGCCGUUCGCGGAGCUCACGAAGUUUGAGGAGCCCAUCCCCGUGAUCGACUUCGGCGAGUCUGGGCCGCUGAGGUGCACCCGCUGCAAGGCCUACGUGAACCCGCACUUCGCGUGGAUGAACAGCGGCCGCACCGGCCUCUGCAACUUCUGCGGCCAGCAGAUGGAGGUGCCCAGCGAGUACAAGUGCUACAUCGAGGACCGGGGACGGCGGCGGGGCGACGCCACCCAGCGGCCAGAGCUUGCCCGGGGCACCGUGGACUACGUGGCCCCGCGGGACUACGACGAGAGCCUGCCGGGGGCGCCCUGCAUGGUCUUCGUCAUAGAGACCACCGCGCAGUCGCUGCAGAGCGGGCUCCUGGCUCAGGCCGGGGACUGGCGGAUAACCUUUGACGAGAGCGUGAACUUUUAUGCCUUUUACCCCAACCUCGACUCCGCCAGGGUCGUCACCGUCGUCGAUGUCGACGACCCCUUCUGCCCCUGCGGCCCGGACGCCCUCUGCAUCCGGAGGGCCUACAGCAGCCAGGUCGACGCGUUCCUGGAGGAGCUGCCCAACGAGGUGGCCUCGCGGCUGGACGCCGGCACGCUGCCCGACCAGGCCGCCGGCUGCGCGGCGCUGAAGUCCGCCUGCGAGCUGGCGGGCAUGAGCGGCGGGGGGCACGUGAUAUGCUUCCACGCCUCGCUGCCGGUGCUGGGUGUCGGUGCUCCGGCGGAGAAAAGCGCGCUUCGGCCCCGCGACGACCUGAGCAUGCGGGUGUCCUCGGCGCCCGAGGCGGGGGGCCUCUUCACCGUGCAGCAGGGCCCCUUCUUCGACGCGCUGGCCGCGGACUGCCUCGGCCGCGGGGUCGCUGUCAGCGUCUUCCUGGCCCCCGCCGUGGGGGCGUACAUCGAUGCGGCGUCGCUGACGUGCCUGCCGCGGCGGACGGGCGGCGAGAUCAGCAUGCUGGCGGGCUUCGACCCCGUGCGCGACGGGGAGCGGCUGCACUACGACAUCUCCAGGAUCGCGGUGCAGGCGUGCGCGUACAGCUGCGUGUUCCGGCUCCGGUGCAGCAAGGGCCUGGCGGUGGACAGCAUGCUCGCCACCUGGGAGCCGGAGGUCAUAGACCCCAGCACAUUCCACGUGUCGCGGAUGUCGGUGGACGCCACGGCGAGCUUUGUGAUCGUCCACUCGGAGCGGAUCGAGGGUCAGAAGACUGUGUUCUUGCAGGUGGCCUGCCUCCACACGACCAGGGCCGGCAGGCGAUUGCUUCGCGUGCACACGUUGGCGCUGCCAGUGACCACGUCGCUGAGCAACGUCUUCCGCUACACGGAGAUCGACUGUGUCACAAACCUGUUGCUCAAGCAGGCGGCCCUUGGCGCCCUGAGCGGCAACGGGGCCUUCAAGGAGAAGAUGUCGAAGUCGUGCGUGGACAUGCUCCACGCCUACCGGGUGAACUGCGCGUCCAUGACGUCCGCGGGGCAGCUGGUCUUGCCAGAGUCGCUCAAGCUGCUGCCGCUCUUCGUGGGCUCUAUAAGGAAGCUGGCCGCGUUCAGAUCGGGCUCCGACAUCCGUGUAGACGAGCGGCUGACCUUCUUGGUGCGGAUGUUGGGUCUACCGCUGUCGCAGACGUCGCUGCUGGUCUACCCUCGCGUGUACCAAUUACUGCCCCUGCCGGAGAGGGCGGGCUUGCGCACUGGGGUGGCCGACAACGUGUACUUGCCACCGCCCAUAGCUUGCUCCAGCGAUAAGCUGUCAUCCGACCGCAUCUACCUCAUUGACAAUGGUCAGCGGCUGUACAUCUACGUGCGCCCAGAGGUGUCCCUGGAGAACUUGCAGGACGUGUUCAACGUGGACAACGUGGCCCACGUGCCCGCGGCUUUCGUGGCCGAAGAGCUGAGCGAAGACGUGCACAGGAUGUUGGCCAUCGUCCAACAGAUACGGAAGGAGAGGAACAGGCUACCUUGGCUGACCCUGUCCUUCGUGCUGCCAGGGUCCCCUGAGGAGCCACGCCUGCUGAGCAUGUUCUGCGAGGACCGGGUCUCCAGCGAGCCGUGCUACAUUGACUUUCUGUGCGAAAUGCACAGGAAGGUCCAGAGCAAGCAGGAUUGA